AUGGAUAGCAGAUUGGCGCACCUGCUGGAAGACAAGCAAGCCCUCCUCACGAGAUGGAAGGGGCAGAAGCAUAACAGGCGGCUCCGCAAGAAGGUUUCGGAAGUUAACAGAGAAAUCGAACAGCACUGCAAGAACCUGUGUAAGCAACAAUGGGAUGAGCUCUGCGAAUCCGUCAAGGGUCAGCUCAGAUCAGAGCAUGCCCUGCUCGAGGCCAAUGACAUGUACACCCACAAUAUGAUUGCUUUCAGAGCCGGCCUCUCGACACGGGACGCCAUGAAGCUAAUAAAGCAUCAGAUCAUCGACCGGAGCACGGGAGAUACCAGAGCCAUCCUUGGACUAGACCUGCAGAGGGCAUUCGACAAUAUCUCACACGAGUUCAUUCUCCAGUCUAUUGCCGGCCUCGGGCUCGGGAAGAGGGCCUACGACAUCGUCCGAUCCUUCUUUAGCCAGAGAACUGCCAAGCUCAAGAUCGAAGGAUACCUUUCGCAAGAGAACGCCCCCGGUUCACGCGGCACGCCUCAGGGCUCAGUCAUCUCGCCAACAUUAUUUAACAUCGCAAUGAUCGGGCUUUUUAAGGAGCUUGUGAAGAUUCAAGGAAUCAACCAUACUAUCUACGCAGAUGACAUCACCAUCUGGUGUGGAACCUUGCACCAACCCCGACAUUGCCCCGCCUACGGCUCUACCUGCUACGCGUGUGGGAAGUUGGGACACUGCGCGAGUGUUUGCCGUCAGAAGCAACGAACAAUGCAGAGAAAAGUUCGGAUGCUUGGCGCCGACCAGGGUGACGACCCCGACCAAGAACUCUUCCUGGGAAGCCUCACCGUGGAUAUUGUGGAAAAGGCAUCAUCAGAAUGGUUCGAAUGCGUCGAAGUUAAUGGCCGUGACGUGAACUUUAAACUGGACACGGGGUCCGACGUGAACAUUCUCCCUGAGCAGCUAGUGUUGAAAUGGAAGCCCCAGCCGACUGUGACAACAACAAAGGCAAAGGUCACAACUUACCUCGGUGAGCAACUCAACAUUGAUUAUGAAUCCCCUGAACUUUUUCAGCAAGCAAUUGACAGUAUCUUUGAACGUCAAGACCUUGUCACGCCAUACUUUGACGACAUCUUGAUCGCAUCUAGAACACUUGAAGAGCAUGUGGCACACUUGCGUAAAGUGCUCAGCACAGCACGAGCUAACACCCUCAAACUGAACUAUGACAAACUCAAACUGGGUUUGCCCUCAGUCACCUACCUAGGACAUGAGCUGACACAGCAAGGCAUCACCCCUGAUCCCAGUAAAGUCAAGGCGAUUAAUGCAAUACCAGCACCAACUAGCAAAGCUGAGCUUCGCUUUCUGGGAAUGGCAACAUACCUCAUGAAGUUCGUCCCGAAUUUUUCAGCAAAGACACAGCCCCUUCGAGAACUUAUUAAGUCCGACAUCGCAUGGCACUGGACUCCUAAGAUGACGGAUGCAUUCAUUGAGAUCAAGAACAAGCUGACAAGAGCCCCAGUGUUGCACUAUUUCGACCCAGCACAGGCUAUAGCCAUAUCCACAGAUGCAAGUUCCUAUGGAAUCGGCAGCGUCCUACUUCAGAAUGGGCAUCCAGUAGCCUAUGCGUCUGCAGCACUCACACCAGCCCAGCAGCGCUAUGCGCAAAUUGAGAAGGAACUGUUAGUUGUGGUGUUUGCCUGUGAACAGUUUCAUUAUUAUGUCUGUGGUCGCAGCAUUGUGGUUGAGACUGAUCACAAACCUCUCAUCGGUCUUCAGUUGCUCAAGGACGUCUAUGCACGGUUUGGCAUACCUUCAGAAGUCGUGACUGAUCAAGGACCUCCAUUUGACUCCUCUGAGUUCAGAAACUUCAACAAGGAAUAG